AUGGACGGAAAUCUCCCCGAAUUCUACAACAUCAUGCUCGAGCGCCCUCCGGACUCCCGCGGGGGCUACGAUGUACUGUACAUCGACCCCAUCUUCCGCGGGAAUUUCGGGAGUCGGAUGAGCCAUUCCUGCUCGCCGAACUGCGCGACGACCACGAUAACCGUGAACGGCCGUCUCGCCAUCGUGCUCGUCGCGUUGCGACCCAUCGCGUGGGGAGAGGAAUUGUGUUUCGACUACGCGUGCGUCAGCGAAUCAAAAACGGAGUUUGAAAUGGCCACGUGCCUCUGCGGCUCGCUGCAAUGCCGCGGUUCUUUCGUCUCCUACGCGGACGGAAACAGUUUCAUGCAGGUCAUGGCGAAACGGUUUCCCUUCGUCAAGAGAACCGCGGUUCUGCUCGAUUCCUGCAAUUCCGCGGUUUCGGACGACGACGCCAGGCGAUUGGCCAAGCACGGCAUCAAGUGUUCCAUGCUGGAAGGCGCGCCAGCGUGGCUGCAGAAAUGGAUCGCGUCGAUUCUCCGCUUCAUGGAAUUCGAAGAAGCGUCCCUCCCCGCGGAACUGCGCGGGAUGAAGGACUGUCUGGGCCGCGAUCUGUACCCCUCCGACGCCGCGCUGCGCCUGGAGUCGCACGGCGUGUUCGCCACGCGCCUGCAGAACGUGGCCAUAACCGCGGAUCGCGUCAAGCACUUCCUCGCCCAGCAACCCGCGGAACUCCGAGCCGUGCCUCCGUUUCGCCUUUUGACCGACGCCGAGGUCCUGGACUUCUUGUGGUUCGGCGCUCACUCCGUGAUGAAACGCCUUCUCCGCGCCGCGCUCGCCGAAAUCUCCGAUCUCCCCGCGGUGCAGUUCUUCACCGCGCUCGACCGCGCACUCCAGCAACCGCGGGACGCCGCCACGCUCGAGUGGGUGCGUCUCCAGAUGACCUCGGUGCGGGACGGCUUGCUGACGCUGCCGGCGCAGCGGCGCUGCCACCAGGCGGCCGCGGAUUUGCUGACGAUGUACCUGCACACCGCGGUGUUCUUCGUGGCUACGGAGUACCGCAGCGUCAAGGGCGCGCCCAUCUCCCUCCACUGCUACGAUCUGCCCUGCUCCUGCGCGACGACGUACAAGCUCCGCGUCGAUAAGCAGCUCCAGACCGACAGGCAGCUGCAGGAGCGCGUCUGCCGCCUGGCCGCCCAAAACCCCGCCAAAAUGGCUUCGCCCCCCGCCAUGGGCGCUUCGCCCGCGGAUCCCUCUCCCGCCUCUUUUUCUUCGCCUUCUUCGUCUGCCGCCAAAACUUCUUCGUCUGCCGCGCAAUCGUCUUCGUCUUCGUUUGCCGCGCAAUCAUCUUCGUCUGCCGCGCAAUCGUCUUCGUCGUCUUCGUUUGCCGCCAAAUCUUCGUCUGCCGCGCAAUCGUCUUCGUCUUCGUUUGCCGCCAAAUCUUCGUCUGCCGCCAAAUCUUCGUCGUCUUCGUCUGCCGCCAAAUCUUCGUCGGCGACGCGGUCAAACCUGUGGGUGGGCGGGGAGGCGUGGGACUCGCCCGAGGAGCAGUUCUGGCGGGAGCAGAGCGAGGCGGCGCGCAUCGCGGAGAGCAACCGCGUGCUGUGCCAGGCGCAGCGCAGCUACCCGAGCGGGUACGUGUGGGGGCAGCUGGCGAUGUGGUUCAAGCAGGCGGGGAACGACCCGUCGCUGAGCCUGACGAACGAGCGAAAGGGCUGCGUGCUGCUGCCCGACGUGGAAUCCUGCUACGAGAGCAAGCGGUUCGACCUCAACUACACGCCCGAGGAGCGCGGAAAGUGGAUCGCGCGGCUCGAGCACUGCCCUGCACAGCCGUGGCUGUCCACGCAUUGGACCUUCCGGAGAUCGGCGCACGUGUACGGAACGCCCAUGAUGGAUGCGGUGCGCGGACAGUGGGGGAAUUUGGUGGACGCCAUCGCGGAGUUGAAGAAGUCGGAGUAUGUGCCCUACGAGAUUAAGGAUGAUGACAAGAAAAUGAGCUUGUCCGAACUGAUGAAGACGAAAUACCCGGAGUGGUCCUGAUGUGAUUCCAA